UGUCUCUGCAUAAUGUCAAACGCAAUUCGCACUCUCUCCCCCUCCACCAACAAGGUCAUCUUUGAGCACCCUGGUCUCUCGCUCGACGAGGCCCGCCAGGUCGCUCAAGCCUCGCAAGAUGCCUUCCGCACAUAUAAGCAGACCACGCUGGCUCAGCGCAAAGAAAUUGUCCUCAAGGCUUUGGACUUGAUCGCUGCCAACAAAGAUACCCUCGCAGAAGAAUUGACCACCCAGAUGGGCCGUCCCAUCGCCUUUAGCGCUAAAGAAAUCGAGACAUUCCGCAAGCGUGGAGACCACAUCCUCAGCAUCGCAGAGGAAAGCCUCAAGUCUCUCCCUGGCACGCCGGAGAACGGCUUCAGGCGAUUCCUGAAGAAGGAGCCGGUCGGACCGACUUUGAUCAUCACCGCAUGGAAUUUCCCCUACCUCGUCACUAUCAACGCCCUCGUCCCCGCCCUCCUCGCCGGAAACACUGUCCUCCUCCGCCCCUCCCCUCAGACCCCCAUCUUCGGCGAACGCCUCCUCACCUACUUCACCCAAGCCGGUCUCCCUCCCAACGUCCUCCAGCUCGUCCAUGUCGGCUCCCCCGACGUGCUUGACCAGAUCGUCCAACUACCCCAGAUCCAGCUCAUCUCCUUCACUGGAUCCACAUCUGGCGGUUUCCGCAUCCGCGAAGCAGUCGCUCGCAGAAUCGUCCCCGUUAACCUCGAACUCGGCGGAAAUGACCCCGCCUAUGUCCGCCCCGAUGCGGACAUCCCCUACGUGGCUGCACAGCUUGUGGACGGCGCUGUCUUCAACUCGGGCCAGAGCUGCUGCGCUGUGGAGCGGGUGUACGUGCACGCAGACGUGCAUGAUAAGUUUGUGGAGGAGGUACAGAAGGAAUUGGCUACAUACAAGCUCGGCUCUCCCCACGACAAGUCCACCACCACCGGUCCGGUGGUCUCCAAGGCAGCACUCAAGAACAUUCAGUCGCACAUUGACGACGCUCUGUCUAAGGGUGCCGUCAACUCCACGCCCCAGAACCCCACGUUUGAGAACACCCCCGCGGAGGGCAACUAUCAGGUUCCUACUGUUCUGACGAAUGUUACCCACGAUAUGGUUGUUAUGAGAGAGGAGACGUUCGGCCCUGUCAUGCCGAUCAUGAAGGUGUCUUCGGAUGAUGAGGCGGUCGCUCUCAUGAAUGACAGUGACUUUGGUCUUACGGCUAGUGUCUGGACCAAGGAUAUCGCCAAGGGAGAGGAGUUGAUUGAGCGGUUGGAUGCGGGAACGGUGUAUAUCAACCGUUGCGAUUACCCAAGUCCGGACCUCGCAUGGAUCGGAUGGAAGAACUCAGGUCUGGGAUGUACAUUGGGACCUGAGGGAUUCAAUGCAUUCUACAAGUUGAAGAGUUUCCACAUCAAGGAGCAGCAGGCAUAGAAGAUAUUUUCAAUAGUUGUAUAGCUUAAUUGAUGUUGCUUGAUGAUGACUUCAAUGCUUCCAAC